CUCUAGGGUGUGAAUUUUGUGGCGCGGCCGGAAGUGUCCGGAGAGACCUGAGCGCAGCGUCCGAUUUCUUUCCCGCACCCCCCGCCCCUCACCCACUGCGGGCACUAUGGAACCGGGAGCUUGAAGGAGGAGCUGCUUGCCUUUGCCCUAGACAUGCUAGCCGACCCCCUUGGUGCAGGUACAGUCUACUCUGCAGUAUAGAGGCAUUAUGUACUCAGAGUGGAGGUCCCUACAUCUUGUACUUCAAAAUGAUAAGGGUCACACCAGUGUACUUCACAGCUAUCCUGACAAUGUGGGGAGAGAAGUGGCAAAUGCUGUUGUGCGUCCCCUUGGCCAAGUCUUAAAUGCUCCAUCAGCAGCUGGCAGUGAGAGUUUACUGAAAACAGACAAAGAAGUAAAAUGGACCAUGGAGGUAGUUUGUUAUGGACUGACCCUCCCUUUAGAUGGUGAUACUGUAAAGCACUGUGUUGAUGUGUAUACAGACUGGAUUAUGGCUCUGGUCUUUCCUAAGGACUCAAUUCCUCUACCUGUUAUUAAAGAACCAAACCUUUAUAUUCAGAGCAUUCUCAAACAUCUACAAAAUCUAUUUGUACCAAGGCAGGAUCAGGGUUCCAGUCAGAUUAAACUAUGUCUGCAAGUUUUGAAAGCUGUCCAGAAAUUGGCUCGUGAGUCAAGCACUAUGUCUAGAGAAACAUGGGAGGUUUUAUUAUUGUUUCUACUACAGAUUAAUGAUAUUCUACUGGCAGCUCCAACAGUGCAAGGAGGUAUUGCUGAGAAUUUGGCAGAGAAGCUGAUUGGUGUGCUGUUUGAAGUCUGGUUACUAGCCUGUUCCCGGUGCUUCCCCACACCACCUUAUUGGAAAACUGCCAAAGAGAUGGUAGCAAACUGGAGGCACCAUUCUGCAGUGGUGGAGCAAUGGAGCAAAGUAAUCUGUGCCCUUACAGCCAGAUUGCUGCGUUUUACAUACGGGCCAUCAUUCCCACCUUUUAAAAUCCCCGAUGAAGAUGCCAGUCUGAUUCCUCCUGAAAUGGAUAAUGAGUGUGUUGCCCAGACUUGGUUUCGCUUUUUACAUAUGCUGAGUAAUCCUGUGGAUUUGAGUAAUCCAGCAAUUAUAAGCUCAACCCCCAAAUUUCAGGAACAGUUCCUGAAUGUGAGUGGAAUGGCUCAGGAAUUGAAUCAGUAUCCCUGCCUUAAACAUCUGCCUCAAAUAUUCUUUCGUGCUAUGCGUGGGAUCAGUUGCUUAGUGGAUGCAUUUUUAGGAGUUGCUGUCUUUACAACCAGUGGGUGUGAAAGAUUACCCAGAUAUGGUAUUUCAAGGCCUCGGGCAGAUAGUGCUCCGCCCACACCAGUAAAUAGAUUGAGUAUGCCUCAGACUACAGCUGUCAACACAACUCCACCUCACAACCGAAGGCAUCGAGCUGUAACUGUAAAUAAGCCAAUGCUGAAAAACAGCACAGCUAACACUGCUCAUGCUUCCAAAGUACAACACCAGCCAUCUUCCACUUCUCCACUAUCUAGCCCAAACCAGACUAGUUCUGAGCCUCGACCACUUCCUGCUCCCCACAGGCCAAAAGUCAACAGUAUAUUGAACCUCUUUGGAUCGUGGCUAUUUGAUGCAGCCUUUGUUCACUGUAAGCUCCAUAAUGGAAUUAACAGAGACAGCAGUAUGACUGCUAUUGCAACACAAGCUAGUGUGGAGUUUCGCCGGAAAGGAUCGCAAAUGUCUGCAGACGCUAUGACAUCCAAUCCCAUGUUUGAUGCAGGCGAGUUUUCAGACAACUAUGAAUCGGGCAGAGCAGAGGCAUGUGGAACACUUUGUAGGAUAUUUUGUAGCAAAAAGACUGGGGAGGAUAUACUGCCAGCCUACUUAUCCCGAUUUUACAUGCUUUUAAUUCAGGGUUUGCAGAUAGCGGAUUCCGUUUGCCAUCCGGUUCUGGCUAGCGUUAUUCUAAACUCUCCUGCAUUAUUCUGCUGUGACCUGAAAGGGAUUGAUGUCUUAGUUCCAUACUUUAUUUCGGCCAUGGAAACUAUAUUACCUGACAGGGAACUCUCAAAAUUUAAAACAUUCGUGAAUCCUACAGAAUUAAGAAGAGCCUCUAUCAAUAUCUUACUCUCCUUGUUGCCACUUCCCCAUCAUUUUGGAACUAUAAAAUCAGAGAUUGUUCUGGAAGGAAAAUUCAGCAACGAUGAGAGCUCAUCCUAUGAUAAACCAGUAACUUUCCUUUCCUUGAAACUGAGGCUUGUGAAUAUACUAAUAGGAGCACUGCAGACAGAAACUGACCCCAACAACACACAGAUGAUACUCGGUGCAAUGCUGAACAUCGUGCAAGACUCUGCACUCCUAGAAGCCAUUGGCUGCCAGAUGGAGACGAAUGGCGGCGAGAAUACUGUUUUGAAGAGCCACAGUCGCACUAACAGCGGCAUUAGCACGGCAAGUGGAGGAAGCACAGAGCCCACUACUCCUGACAGCGAAAGACCAGCGCAGGCUCUGUUAAGGGAUUAUGCUCUUCAUACAGAUACAGCUGCCGGACUCCUGAUUCGCAGCAUUCAUCUGGUAACACAAAGACUCAAUGCACAGUGGCGGCAGGAAAUGAGCAUCUCAUUAGCUGCACUAGAGCUUCUUUCUGGUUUGGCCAAGGUGAAGGUUGGUGUUGAUUCUUCUGACAGGAAGAGAGCAAUUAGCUCUGUGUGCUCUUACAUUGUGUACCAGUGCAGUCGUCCAGCUCCUCUCCACUCCAGAGAUCUGCACUCCAUGAUCGUAGCAGCAUUUCAGUGUCUCUGUGUCUGGCUCACAGAACAUCCAGACAUGCUUGAUGAAAAGGACUGUUUAAAAGAAGUAUUGGAGAUUGUGGAACUGGGCAUCUCAGGAAGUAAGUCCAGGAACAGUGAACAAGAAUUCAAGAACAAAGGAGAUAAGGAGCCCAAUCCUGCUUCCAUGAGGGUGAAGGAUGCAGCUGAAGCCACUCUCACAUGCAUCAUGCAAAUACUUGGAGCAUUUCCUUCACCCAGUGGCCCUGCCUCACCUUGCAGCUUGGUGAAUGAAGUCACAUUAAUUAAAUGCUCCCGUCUUCCUUCCAUAAACAAGUUCAGCUUCCGCUACUUCGUCUUGGACAACAGCGUCAUCCUUGCAAUGUUGGAGCAGCCUCUAGGGAAUGAGCAAAAUGACUUUUUCCCUUCAGUCACAAUUUUGAUCCGUGGGAUGUCUGGAAGACACGCCUGGGCCCAACAACUCUGCCUCUUGCCUAGAGGAGCCAAGGCAAAUCAAAAGAUGUUUGUCCCAGAGCCUCGUCCUGCACCUAAGAAUGAUGUUGGACUCAAAUACAGCGUGAAACACCGGCCAUUUCCUGAGGAAGUGGACAAGAUUCCUUUUGUGAAAGCAGACCUGAGCAUUCCAGACUUGCAUGAAAUAGUUACAGAGGAACUGGAGGAGCAGCAUGAGAAGCUGAGAAACGGUAUGGAUCAGCAAGUUCUUUAUGAGAAGUCUAUAGAUCAGCAGAUGGAGGAAGACUGGAGAAAGAAGAAUUUCCCUGACCCAGUCACAGAGUGUAAGCCGCCGCCUCCUGCACAGGAGUUCCAAACAGCACGCCUUUUCCUCUCUCACUUUGGAUUUCUGUCACUAGAAGCACUGAAGGAACCUGCUAACAGCAGACUACCUCCUCACCUGAUUGCACUUGAUUCUACUAUACCCGGGUUUUUUGAUGACAUUGGCUACCUGGAUUUGCUACCAUGUCGUCCUUUUGAUACAGUUUUCAUUUUCUACAUGAAGGCAGGUCAGAAAACAAGCCAAGAAAUUUUGAAGAAUGUAGAGUCUUCCAGAAAUGUCCAGCCACACUUCCUAGAGUUCUUGCUCUCCCUUGGCUGGUCAGUUGAUGUGGGGAAACACCCUGGAUGGACGGGGCAUGUCUCAACUAGCUGGUCCAUUAACAGUUUCUGUGAUGAGGAGGGAUCUGAGCAAGAUGAAAUAAUUCCUUCAGAAGACAUUGGGGCAAGUAUCUUCAAUGGGCAAAAGAAAGCACUAUAUUAUGCAGAUGCUCUUACAGAAAUAGCUUUUGUGGUUCCCUCACCUGUGGAGUCCUUAACUGAUUCCUUGGAAAGCAAUGCUUCAGACCAGGAAAGUGACUCCAAUAUGGAUCUCCUGCCUGGAAUACUAAAGCAGCCUGCACUGACACUUGAGCUCUUCCCCAAUCAUACAGACAAUCUCAGUUCUUCGCAGAGGCUCAGUCCAACUUCCAGAUGCAAGAGGCUGCCGCAUGGUCGGGCUGUUCCUCCAAUGGGACCUGAAACCAAGGUGUAUGUGGUCUGGGUUGAACGUUAUGAUGAUAUAGAGAACUUCCCUCUCUCUGACUUGGUUUCAGAGACCAGCACUGGAGUAGAAACUACAACAAACAGCAGCACUUCAUUGAGGUCCUCUACUCCUGAAAAAGAGGUUCCAGUGAUUUUCAUCCACCCCCUAAAUACUGGAUUAUUCAGGGUUAAAGUGCAAGGAGCUACUGGGAAAUUCAACAUGGUCAUUCCACUGGUGGAUGGGAUGAUAGUAAGCAGAAGAGCAUUAGGCUUCUUAGUGAGACAGACAGUAAUAAAUAUUUGUCGAAGAAAACGGCUGGAAAGUGACUCGUACAAUCCUCCACAUGUCCGUCGAAAACAGAAAAUAGCUGACAUUGUCAAUAAAUACAGGAACAAACAGCUGGAGCCAGAGUUUUAUACCUCUCUUUUCCAAGAGGCUGGGCUCAAAAACUGCAAUCCUUAGACCAAUAUCCUCCCUGAACAAUUAGAUCAGAGCUUGGUGUCUACAGUAAUGGGGGGGACGGACCCUUCCCCAUCUUGCAAGUCCUGUAUAAAGAAACCACAACCUGAGCAUGACUUCUGCUUCUGCUGCAAGGAAGAAAUGAGGACUCAAUAUAGGCACUUUUCCUGAAAACCAGCUUCACUCCAUCAGCUGCUGCAGAGGGACAAACUUUCACCAUCAGUCACUAUUUAGUAAUAUAUAGUGGAUGUGUAGUAGAGAGAGGGGGGUUAACUGCACUUCUCAUGGCCUUCUAUGUGGACAUAAAAUGCCAGAUUCUGAACAUGCAGAACUAGCACCUGAAGUCUGGUACUUUGCUUCAUAGCAGGUUGGGUUCAGAUGCAUAUUUUUUUCAGACAGAGACCAUGAAAUUGCAAUAAAUUAUUGUGCUAUAUCUUGUUUGGUUUGCUUUCCCACCUGCAAGCAGGCCUAUUUAUUUAUUUUUAGCCCCACUCAGAGGCUCCAUUUCUGAUUCUCCUCCUCUAGAUCCAAGAUGCAAAUACCCAUGGGUCCGUUGCUCAAAGUUUCUUUACCUUUGUAGGUUGCAAGCACCCUCUACCUACUGCUGGCCAGUCCAGGAUAAAAGCUCUGGGGUAUUGGUGAGGGAUGGGAAAGCAAAGAAGGUUGGCUCUUUGAGCUAAGGAUGGUCCUUUUAAAUCAGCUCUGAGACAAAGAAAAGCCUGUAUAGUGGUUCAUCCCAAUUGUAUUUAUGACCAGUACAUAAUUUCACCUGUAUCUUAUGAAUGCUAAAAACAUGAUUUCUCAUCUGACCAGUCCACCCUUAUAGAAAGAAGUGAAAUCCUUGACCUGGAAAGGGUGCAAUCAGAAUGUAUGUCCACCUCUGCAUGUAAGAACUAGUUACAACCUCCCUAUUGUGAAAUCUGAUUUCUGAAUUGCAAAUGCUUUUUACAGAAAGGAAUAGAAGCUACUUUUCAUGUCCCACAGUUCGUUCAUUCGUUCGUUCAUUUUACUGAAAGAGGUGGGUUUCUUUUUUUUAAAAGGAAUUAUUCAAACCUUGGCACACCAUAGCUGUCCAGUGACAUUGGAAGUGAAGACCCAUGCAAGUUAAAUGUAAGGUCAUUAAAAAGUGUACUUGAAAUUAUCUGAUAACUAUGUGCCCCUUCAGAAUUAUUACACGUGUUUAAAUUAAAUGGUUUCAUCCUUGCUUUGCACUGAUAUCAGUCUGGAACCAUAUAUUAUAUGCAUGGCUUCUGCCAAAAACAACCGGCAAUGUUGUCCCCACCCUUAAUAUCUAGUAAUACAAAGUCAUGCGGCUUCAACUUUCCCUGGUGUCCCUCCACUUCAUUGGCUAAUAUGUGUUGUAUUACUGGAUGUUACUGGAGAGGAAAGAAAUAGCUACCCUGUGUAGAUUUAAAGAAUAAUUUAUUAGAUCACUUGGUUUUCUUGUGCUUGAUACUUGGAUGCAAGGCAGGGUAUCAUUUUCUUAAUAAAACUUUUUUUGAAGCUGAUAAAACCUUUUAAAAAUCUACCUGCACAUUUUAUAAAUGGAGGUCAUCUUUUCCAAAAGGGAAUCCAGAAAAUAAUGCUUUGUGCAAGAACUUUCUGGAUAGCUAUU